AUGUCAGUCAUCUCAAGCACCUUAACGGGGCAACUUAUUACAAGUGCCAAAGACAACGUAAACAAAGCAGACACGGAAAGUGAUCAUGUGAACACCCAGACAGGACAAGCUCAGCAGCAGUCACCGCAGCUAAUGGAAGUGCUUCGACAGCUUCUUGAGCAGCCUCCUAUGAUAUCUCACCCGGAGCCUACAGUUACCGCACAAGGAGACCAGCAAAGUGGCGUAUGUGCUUCCAUUCUUCUAUCUCGCAAAAUCCACAACUUACCUAGGGCAUAUGAUUUUAAACAUACAUUUUAUCCAUUUUUUAAAUUGUUGGGUAUGAAAAUUGAAGUUCAAGCAGUAGUUAAUUGA